UAUGCCAGACUGGUGAUGAUGCCCUUAGAAGUGAUGUCUCUAUAGAUUCUGGUAGUAGAGGAGUUGAAUUCUUUAGUCAGCCGGUGAAGUUUGUAGAAUCUAAAACUAAUGGUUCUGCUUUUGUUUGUUAUAGCAAAAAAAUAGUCACUGUGGGAGCUGAAUCCCUAUCAUCUCUUGAAGUUGAUACCAAACAGACAAAGGGGGUAGCUGCUGUAGCAACCACAUUAGGAGAUUGUGAACAGCAUUGUAUUGAUUCAGAUCAGUAUAUAUUGAAAUGUGAUGGUAGCCAUGACAACAGUUUUAGUGACAAGAGUACAGUAGCUGAACACAAGCCUGAUCAUGAUCAGUCCCAGCUUAUUGCCAACAAUAGUUUUGGAGAUAGUGAUAUUCAAAGUGAAGUCAUCGUACAAAACAGCAGAUCAUCCGGCAUGAAUUCUACCACUGAAGACGUGAAACUCAAAUCUGAAAUUGGUCAUGGUGAUACUUUAGGUGGUAAUAAAAAGGAGACACUGGACCCUGAUUUGUCUCCAAUGACACCUCUUAAUGUUAAUUCUUCACCUAUUUCUGAAACCAGUUAUGAUAAUAAAACUCAGGCCAAAAUAUUACCAGAAAUAAAAUCCACUGAGAAAAAACAUUGUAAAUUUAUUCCGGUAGACACUUUAAGUGACUUAUUAAAUGAAGAAAAGCAAAUGAUUGCAGGUGCAGUAUUACCUGAAACUAAUCUCCAGGAGAGAUGUAUAUGUACAUCUGAGAUUGAUGCUCAUACUGCUGACAAAAACCCCUACAAUACUACAACUCCAACACUGAUAACAAAACAAGAAAACCAAGAACUUUCAGCUGAAAUGGUUGUCGCUGAGUAUAACAAUGAGGCACUAGAUCAUAAAUUAUCCUAUGCAAUGCCUACUGAAAAUUCAUCUAAAUUUGAUGACUGCUUUUCUGUUAGCAUCACUAGGACAGAAAAGAAUUUACCUGUUGGUAAAGUAUCUGAAAUGGAAAUAGCUCACAGAAACACUGAACUGACAAUUCUCCAAGAAAAGCAAAGUCCUGUGGUUCCAGAAAUGGAAGAUAGCAUUGCAGAUGUUCAUUCUUUUCAUGAGCAACAAGAUCAAGACUUGAGUGAUGAAAAACCACUUGAAGAGAUGUUCAUUAGACGACAGCAGUCAGAUAUCUCAGACACCAGCACUGAUAAGCCAGUGUUAGAGACUUUGACCUUCAGUGCAAGCAAACUGACACAAAAUGCAGAUGGUGAAGAAGCAAAAUUGGAGGCUGACAUGGAAAUGUGCUUGUGCCCUUUGUGUGACCGUGCAUAUACUUCAGACAAUAAAGAUGUUCUUGCCCAUCUGGUGCUCAUGCACAAGUUUGUCAUUGCUGAUGUCAAUUACAUUGCCAGUUUGCCAUCAUAUCUGAGAUAUUGGAAGGUACGAUUUAAUGAAAAACCAAUUUCAGAAUUCUGCUCCAAAAUUGUUACAAAUACUGGGGCUAAAGAUCAAGCACCCAGAGAAGAGUUUUACCUUUUGUGUGAUGCUUUACCUGAAGACAAGAGCAUCAGAGAGCACUUACAGAAGAAGAAAUUGGAGUCUGUUUUGGCUCAGCAGCAGAAAGAACGAGAAGAGACUAAAUUUUGCAGGCAAUGUCUGUUUUGUAAACAGACAUUCUGUGGGAACAGGGCUGUCCUGUUUGAUCACUUGCUGAGGGAUCACACUUUUCAUGUGGGCCAGCCAGAUAACUUGGUUUAUACCGAUGAAUUAUUUGACCUCAUCCAGUCAAAACUUGACAAUCAGUUGUGCCUUUUUUGUGAGAAAUCUUUUAAGGACAAGGCAAGCCUGCGAGAACAUAUGAGAAAGAAACAGCACCGUAAAAUCAAUCCCAAGAACAAAGAAUAUGAUCGAUUUUACAUUGUUAACUACAUGGAAAUGGGUAAAAACUGGGAGAGUCUACAAUCGGAAGACAACCGUCUCAUCAAAUCAAGUGAAAAAGACACUGAUGAAGAAGAAGAGUGGUCAGGCUGGAAUGAGGAGUCAGAUUCAAAAGUUGUUUGUCUGUUCUGUGACUCAUCAUGUGUUGUGCAAACUGAUCUACAGCUGCACAUGAAGGAAAAACACAGCUUUGAUCUACAAGAAGUCAACAACAGACUACAGCUGAACUUCUACCAGAAAGUGAAGCUCAUCAACUACAUCCGUAGACAGGUUUACCACAGAACAUGCUAUGGUUGCCAGCAAGUGUUUGAAAAUAAAGAAAAGCUGCAUUGUCAUUUUGAUGAAUUCUCAGAUCACAUCAAGAAAAUACCUGACUCUGAAGCAUGGGACCAGCCACAGUACUUUUUUCCAACAUAUGAGGAUGACUGUCUUCUGUGCCAGCUGGAUGAUGAUGAUGAAGGUGCGGCAGGUGAUGCACUGGGAGUACUGGUCAUUGCUGAGACCAUCCCAGUGACUGAUACUAUACUGAAGGACCAGAAGUUAUGCCAUGAUCUUCUCAAGCCAUAA